AUGGACGAUCUGCUGAGCUUCGCCUGUCUGCUGAGCUUCUCGCACCGUUGCUGCGGCGCCCUGCGCGGCACCAACCGACAGCUCCUGGUGGCACUGGCUGAGAGGACCACGGAGCUGCGAGUGGCCCCUCAGUGUCCAGGAGUCAAGGAGGAAGCAUGGCAUCAGCUCGUGGUCCUUCUUAAGGCCCUGCCGAAUUUGCGUCACUUGGAUCUCCGUGGUGUUGGAAUCAGCGCCGAAGGCUUGAGCGAGCUCAGGCGCGCCUUACCUCGCUGCAAGAGUUGGGAUCUGCGUUUCUGCUGGCGCCUGCCCUGGCAGUACUUGGAGAGCUGGUUAUGUGAAGCACGAGGCGCAGAAAGCAGGCAGAUCUCCCACAGCCUGACGGUGACUCCCAGCCCGGAUCUGACACCACUUCAGGUGGUGCUUGUGCAGGCUUAUGCCUUGCACAGGCCCUACGAAAGAUUCUCGCGGCUCUUUGAUCCACCUUCACGUUACUCCAUGAUGUUAGGCUGCGAUCGGUUUCAAGUCGAGGAGGAGAAAGGGCCGGAGCACCACUUCCGGAGGAGCUUUGUGGUAACUUUCUGGAACUCCUCGUCGAGUUCCUCGGAAGACGGAGAGCAUCUUUUGGGGAGUCAGAUGGAAGAGGGCGCGCCGUGGUGCACUGAUUCUGUGGUGCCGAUUGACAUGGCUUCUCAGACGUCCAAU